CCAAAUUGCCCCAAAAUCAUUUCCCCUCUGUCGCUGUGGGAGUUGUUAUGAUUCAUUGAUCACUAAAAAUCACAUAAAUCUACUUAAAAUACGCAAAUUUCUUUAAUUUUCUCCUACAUAACGUUAAGAUUAAUAUGCCGGCAUACCAUUCGCAAUUACGUGACUAUUCCCAAUCCCUGGGAAAUAUGGCACUAUUGCCACUUAGAACGCAACAUCGGGGUCCAGCACCAACCACAAACAACGAGCAAGAUAUCAUUGAUGAGGCUCUGUACUACUUCAAAGCAAACAUCUUCUUCCGGACAUUUGAGAUCAAAUCGGAAGUUGAUCGUGUGCUUAUUUAUGUUACGCUCUACAUAACUGAGUGUCUGAAGAAACUCCAGAGAUGCUCAAACAAGAAUCAAGGUCACCAGGAGAUGUAUUCCUUGGCUAUAUCGAAAUUCGAUAUUCCGGGAGAGGCAGGAUUUCCACUGAAUUCCGUGUAUGCCAAACCCUCAACGAGCCAGGAAGCAGAUCUAAUGCGUCAGUAUUUCCUGCAAUUGCGCCAAGAGACUGGGAAUCGGGUCUGUGAGAAAGUAUUCUGCGGAGACGACGGAAAGCCAAGUAAGUGGUGGCUGUGUUUUGCCAAAAAGAAAUUCAUGGACAAAUCCCUAUCUGGUCCAGGUCAAUAAAAAUAUUCCAAGAAAAAAAUAGAACCCAAAAAAAUCAAGUUUAAUUUUUUUUAACAAAAGAGCAUUUAAUGUCCUA